CUACACACAAUGCCAACCGCAACUACAAGUUACCGCCCCGCAUUUGCUUCAACUCGCCCGUCCCCCUUACACCCCCUAACCUCCACACCUGCUCCACCGACAUCACACCACAAUUACCAACCCUCUCCCUCCCUCCCCCCACUCCUUCUCCUCGUCGCCCUCUCUCUCCCCUCUCCCUUCUCCCCCACUCCAUCCCCUCCCCUCCUCCAUUCCCGGCCUCCAUUCCCCACGACCUGCUCCAAUUCUCCCUCAAGAUGCAGACUCCCAUUGCGGUCGACACCGAAUGGCACGAAGGACAAGAUUCUGAUCCUUACGACUCUGCCUUUGAGAGUGGAGAUGAGGCUGCGACGCCGUCUCUGGCCUCGUCUAUCUACAGCUACACCUACGAGAACGGUCGUAGGUACCAUGCUUACCGCUCCGGCAAGUAUGCGCUUCCGAACGAUGAGACUGAGCAGGACCGUCUGGAUAUGGCGCAUCAUCUGAGUCUGCUGCACAUGCGCGGCGCUCUCCAUCUCGCCCCAGUCAUCAAGCCCAAAAACAUCCUCGAUGUUGGAACGGGUACUGGUAUCUGGGCCAUCGACUGUGCCGAGAUGUACCCCGAUGCCACGGUCGUGGGAACGGACCUGUCGCCGAUCCAGCCGGGAUGGCUUCCCCAGAACCUCCAGAUCCUGGUCGAGGACGCCGAGGAGGAUUGGAUCUUUCCCAAGAACCACUUCGACUUGAUUCACAUCCGUGGUCUCGCCGGUGGGAUCCAGGACUGGCCAAAGUUGCUCAAGCAGGCGUUCAACCAUCUCAAGCCGGGUGGUUACAUUGAGCUGUACGAGUACGCCUUUGCCGUUAAGAGCGACGACGGUACCUACACACCCGAAACCGCGAUUUACCGCUACUACCAGCUGGUCAACAAGGCAGCGGAGCGCUCCGGUCGUUCUCUCAACGAUGCGCACAAGCUGCCCGAGCUCCUCUCGGGCGCCGGCUUCGUCGACACGGUCCAGAACUGCUACAAGACUCCGAUCGGUCUGUGGCCCCUCGACAAGCGCCAGAAGGAGCUCGGAAAAUGGAUGUGGUACGUUGCCAUGAGCGGCUUCGAGGCAUACGCUCUAGCGCUGCUCACCCGUUUCCUCGGCAUGCAACUGGACGAGGUUGUAGCCUUGGUCGACGCGACUAAGCGCGAGAUCUCCGAGCGUAGGAUUCACGUUUGGAACCCGCAGUACGUCAUGUAUGCGCAGAAGCCGUUGAAGAAGGUUGCCUCGGCCGCCCUGCCGACCCCUCCCACCAGCGCCGAAGCCUAAUGUGCCAUAUUGAACACAAAAGUUGCUGUACGAUAGAUAUGGUGGGGCGUUAAUUUGAGAGGUACCGCGGUUUGCGUUGUACAAAUAGGGAUGUCAAAUCAAAAAAAGUCUGAGGUCCGACG